GAAUCUGAUCAUGAAUAAGUAUAUUAUACACGCACAAGUAGGGUUUAUAUAUAGAUGGAUUUGGAGCAGGUGUAGGGUGAUUAUUGCGUCCAACCAACCAGCGUCCAAACCUCAUCUACAAAGAAAAAGGUUAAAGAGUAAGAAGAGAAGGGGCGAGCAGAAGGCUCUUGUUCACUGGGCUUUCGCUUUCGUUAUCUUCUCCGGAUAGACCUUAGCUAGCUCCUCCUGAAUUACGACCACUACCUACGUUUGUGCUGCUGCAUGCAUGUUGUGGUUAUAAUAAUAUUAAUAAUAAUAUUAAAUCACUCAGAUAGCUGCAGUCUAUCUCUAUAAAACCACUCAGUUCUAUAGUCCGAUGAGCAAUGUCGUCGACGGCUUCCAUUAACCGCGCUUGGUGCCCAACCCCUCUCUCUCCCGCGGCCCCUCCUCACCACAAGAGAUCCACAUUCCUAUUGCGUCCCACCGCUUCAACUGCUAAUUCUUCCAUUCCGGCCGGCAUCUCCACCGGCAGCGGCAGGCUCAGCUCCUCCUCCUCCUCUGCCUCCUCCUCUGCGGCUGCUUCUCCUCCUCCGCCUUCCCUCAUCAGAGACCGCCCCGUCAUCUUCGCCUCCCCUUCCCCCAUCAUCACCCCUACUUUGCCACCGAGAGAAGAGAUGGGUAGCGCCUAUGAGCAAGCCAUUUCCGGACUUAAGAAACUUCUCAGUGAGAAGAAAGAGCUGGAAGGAGUUGCAACAGCAAAAAUAGCGCAAAUAACAGCGGAACUUCAGACUGCGGAUAGCAAAUCGUUCAAUGCAGUGGAGAGAUUUAAGACUGGGUUCACUCACUUUAAGUCCCAGAAAUAUGAAAAGAAUCCAGCGUUGUUUGGAGAACUCUCCAAGGGACAGAGCCCUAAGUUUAUGGUGUUUGCGUGCUCGGACUCGCGCGUGUGCCCGUCGCACGUGCUGGAUUUGCAGCCAGGGGAGGCCUUCGUAGUCCGAAACAUUGCCAACAUGGUCCCUGCUUAUGAUCAGACUAAACACUCUGGAGUUGGUGCUGCCAUAGAAUACGCAGUUCUGCACCUCAAGGUGAGCUACAUAGUGGUGAUUGGGCACAGCUGCUGUGGGGGGAUAAAGGGCCUCAUGUCUUUCCCAGACAAUGGAUCCGCCUCCACUGAAUUCAUAGAAAACUGGGUAAAAAUCUGCUCCCCUGCCAAAGCCAAGGUCAAGGCCGACUAUGGAGAUAAACCCUUCCCUGAACAAUGCACCCAGUGCGAAAAGGAGGCAGUGAAUGUGUCGCUGGGGAACUUGCUAACUUAUCCAUUUGUGAGAGAUGGGCUGGUGAAGAAGACGCUGGCACUGAAGGGAGGAUACUACGAUUUCGUUGGGGGAAAGUUUGAGCUGUGGGGGCUUGAUUUUGGCCUCACCCCACCUCUCUCCGUAAAAGAUGUGGCCACGAUAUUGCACUGGAAGCUCUAGGGAAGAUGCAUUUGUGUGGCAUCGAUAAUGAAGCUCUCUUCGUUUUAAUUAUAAUCAAUGUGUGAUUUAUAUGUUAAUAUAACAUUGAGUGUGGUUUAAUUAUAUAAUAUAUAUAAAAUGUCCCCUUUCACAAAUUA